GACAGUAAAGAUGGCGGUUGAACAGCAUUGAAUAUUUUCUGUAAUAAGCCAUUAAAACGCGGGUAUUUUCCGACGUUUCUAUGGGGCGAAGACGCCGAGCCCUUACUUAAUAAUUACAUCGCGCGAAAUGGUGUAGAAUACGUGUAAAAUUUGUUCCAGUUUGAAGUAAUUGCGAGUCGGUAGUUUUUAUUUUUUUCGGUGUCCAUCGGUGGCGCUUACCUUGUUAUUUUAAAAUGGCUCCAGUGCAGAUUGGAUCAGAUGGGCAAUUGGUCCCUAUCGGGGGUCCCACCUCGGCCACCCAACCGCCUUCAUCCGGACCUUCGGCGACCCAAGGGGUCCGGCUGAGCCUGCUGAUUGAGUUUCUUCUGCAGAGGACCUACCAUGAAAUCACCCUGUUGGGUGAACUGUAAGUAACUAAUGACGAGACCCCGUCAAGUGGGAUGUUAAUGUUGACAUAUCUGAUCCUGGUCCCUCAGGCUCAAAAUAGUGGUUAAGAUGUGUUUUGUUUCAUGGCAAAAUGAUUGGAAAGUAGCUAGUUGUGCAAGUAGCCUACUUGGAAUCUUUUAUUUCACCCAUUUCUUUCACCCUUGCGUCCAUAUUAAUUGAGAUUCCUUUAUUUUCUGUGUUCAUAUGAUGUGGUAAAAUGACGUUGUGAUAUCUGAAAGUUACCCAUAGUGUUUCUGUCUUUCUUGCAGUCUACCCAGAAAAACAGACAUGGAACGGUAAGUGUGUCUCUUGGUUCACUCUGUGUGCUCACUGAUGAAAUGGACUUGUCAAAAUGGGAAUGUUGUAUGUGACAGGCAAAUGUUUGCCUCUUCUUUGACCAUUGGUGCCAAUGAGUUUGAAAACUUGUCUACUGUACUUUUCUACUGUUUCUGACAGAAAAAUCGAGAUUGUCCAGUUUUCUAGUCGGACCAGGCAGCUGUUUGUGCGUCUCCUUGCCCUGGUGAAAUGGGCCAGCAAUGCUGGGAAGGUGGAGAAGUGUGCGGUAUGUAGGCAAGACUACAGUACUCUACUACACCAAUCAUAUUCUCACAGUGGGCAUACACAAUCAGAUACUAGCUUGAGUUAUGCACAUACAACUCCAACCUUCUCACCAUUUUCCCCACUGACAUCAAUGCAUUGUUUACGUGACACUUUGAGUUAGAACUACUUGCACAUUAUUCAAAUUAGUACUACUUAGUAGUCAUUAAAAGUCGUACGCUAACCCUACCUCUAAUCCCUAACCUCCGGUUUCCAUGGUAACAGAUGAUCUCCAGCUUCCUGGACCAGCAGGCCUUCCUGUUUGUGGACACGGCUGAUAGGCUGGCAUCACUGGCGAGGGAUGCCCUGGUGCACGCUCGCCUGCCCAGCUUUGCCAUCCCGUUUGCCAUCGAUGUGCUCACCACUGGGUCAUACCCGCGCCUGCCCACCUGCAUAAGGGUAAGACACCCCUAACUGGUCUGUGUUGUCCAUCUUUCUGUUAUUUAUUCUUAUUGUAUUGGUGUGUUUUGGCCUCUUGACCAGGCCUCUUUAUUAUAAAUGAUAGCUGGUUCUCUGUUGACUUGCCUGGUUAAAUAGUGGUCAUUGGUCAAAUAUAAUGAGGCGUCUGAUGCCUCUGUGUUUAAAUAUAAUGAGGCGCCUGAUGUCUCUGUGUUCAUUAGCUACUGUGGCUGAAGUAGCCAUGGUGUCUGGUUGUCUGGUUUAGCCAGCAAUUUUGUCCUUCAUGUACUCUGUACUCUUCGUUUGUGUGCGUGAUGUACAUAUGUGCACAAACACAUAUACCGUUAGUAGUGCGUUACCGCCACCAACUGGACGGGACUGUGGAAUAGGGACGGAUAAAUCUGAAGCCCUAUUUGGGCCAGUGCAUUGACAGCCAUGUUUGUGUGGUGUGUGUGUGUGUGUGUAGGAUAAGAUCAUUCCUCCAGACCCCAUCACUAAAGUGGAGAAACAGACAACCCUGAACCAGCUCAAUCAGAUCCUGCGACAUCGUCUUGUCACAACAGACCUACCACCUCAGCUAGCCAACCUCACCGUGGGUAAGAAACACACGCACAACCACACACACACACACACACACACACACACAGGCUUCCAUUGAAAUCCUUGGGCGGGCCACCUAGGCAUCCCGAAGAAAUGCUUAAGUUCAAACAGUGUAAAAAAUAUAUAUACAGUGGGGAAAAAAAGUAUUUAGUCAGCCACCAAUUGUGCAAGUUCUCCCACUUAAAAAGAUGAGAGAGGCCUGUAAUUUUCAUCAUAGGUACACGUCAACUAUGACAGACAAAAUGAAGAAAAAAACAUCCAGAAAAUCACAUUGUAGGAUUUUUUAUGAAUUUAUUUGCAAAUUAUGGUGGAAAAUAAGUAUUUGGUCACCUACAAACAAGCAAGAUUUCUGGCUCUCACAGACCUGUAUCUUCUUCUUUAAGAGGCUCCUCUGUCCUCCACUCGUUACCUGUAUUAAUGGCACCUGUUUGAACUUGUUAUCAGUAUAAAAGACACCUGUCUACAACCUCAAACAGUCACACUCCAAACUCCACUAUGGCCAAGACCAAAGAGCUGUCAAAGGACACCAGAAACACAAUUGUAGACCUGCACCAGGCUGGGAAGACUGAAUCUGCAAUAGGUAAGCAGCUUGGUUUGAAGAAAUCAACUGUGGGAGCAAUUAUUAGGAAAUGGAAGACAUACAAGACCACUGAUAAUCUCCCUCGAUCUGGGGCUCCACGCAAGAUCUCACCCUGUGGGGUCAAAAUGAUCACAAGCAAAAAUCCCAGAACCACACGGGGGGACCUAGUGAAUGACCUGCAGAGAGCUGGGACCAAAGUAACAAAGCCUACCAUCAGUAACACACUACGCUGCCAGGGACUCAAAUCCUGCAGUACCAGACGUGUCCCUCUGCUUAAGCCAGUACAUGUCCAGGCCCGUCUGAAGUUUGCUAGAGUGCAUUUGGAUGAUCCAGAAGAGGAUUGGGAGAAUGUCAGAUGAAACCAAAAUAGAACUUUUUGGUAAAAACUCAACUCGUCGUGUUUGGAGGACAAAGAAUGCUGAGUUGCAUCCAAAGAACACCAUACCUACUGUGAAGCAUGGGGGUGGAAACAUCAUGCUUUGGGGCUGUUUUUCUGCAAAGGGACCAGGACGACUGAUCCGUGUAAAGGAAAGAAUGAAUGGGGCCAUGUAUCAUUAGAUUUUGAGUGAAAACCUCCUUCCAUCAGCAAGGGCAUUGAAGAUGAAACGUGGCUGGGUCUUUCAACAUGACAAUGAUCCCAAACACACUGCCCGGGCAACGAAGGAGUGGCUUCGUAAGAAGCAUUUCAAGGUCCUGGAGUGGCCUAGCCAGUCUCCAGAUCUCAACCCCAUAGAAAAUCUUUGGCGGGAGUUGAAAGUCUGUAUUGCCCAGCGACAGCCCCAAAACAUCACUGCUCUAGAGGAGAUCUGCAUGGAGGAAUGGGCCAAAAUACCAGCAACAGUGUGUGAAAACCUUGUGAAGACUUACAGAAAACGUUUGACCUGUGUCAUUGCCAACAAAGGGUAUAUAACAAAGUAUUGAGAAACUUUUGUUAUUGACCAAAUACUUAUUUUCCACCAUAAUUUGCAAAUAAAUUCAUUAAAAAUCCUACAAUGUGAUUUUCUGGAUUUUUUUCCCUCAUUUUCUCUGUCAUAGUUGACGUGUACCUAUGAUGAAAAUUACAGGCCUCUCUCAUCUUUUUAAGUGGGAGAACUUGCACAAUUGGUGGCUGACUAAAUACUUUUUUUCCCCACUGUAGAUAUUGUGGACACCCCUUCAAAUUAGUGGAUUCGGCUAUUUCAGCCACACCCGUUGCUGACAGGUGUUUAAAAUCGAGCACACAGCCAUACAAUCUCCAUAGACAAACAUUGGCAGUAGAAUGGCCUUACUGAAGAGCUCAGUGACUUUCAACGUGACACCGUCAUAGGAUUCAACCUUUCCAACAAGUCAGUUCGUCAAAUUUCUGCCCUGCUAGAGCUGCUCUGGUCAACUGUAAGGGCUGUUAUUGUGAAGCGGAAACAUCUAGGAGCAACAACGGCUCAGCCGCGAAGUGGUAGGCCACACAAGCUCACAGAAAGGGAACGCCGAGUGCUGAAGCGCAUAUCGCAUAAAAAUUAUCUGUCCUCGGUUGCAACACUCACUACCGAGUUCCAAACUGCCUCUGGAAGCAACGUCAGCACAAUAACUGUUCAUCGGGAGCUUAAUGAAAUGGGUUCCAUGUCCGAGCAGCCGCACACAAGCCUAAGAUCACCAUGCACAAUGCCAAACGUUGGUGUAAAGCUCGCCGCCAUUGGACUCUGGAGCAGUGGAAACGCGUUCUCUUGAGUGAUGAAUCACGCUGCACCAUCUGGCAGGCCGACGGACGAAUCUGGGUUUGGCAAAGGCCAGGAGAACGCUACCUGCCCCAAUGCAUAGUGCCAACUGUAAAGUUUGGUGGAGGAGGAAUAAUGGUCUGGGCUGUUUUUCAUGGUUCGGGCUAGGCCCCUUAGUUCCAGUGAAGGGAAAUCUUAAUGCUACAACAUACAAUGACAUUCUAGACGAUUCUGUGUUUCCAACUUUGUGGCAACAGUUUGGAGAAGGCCCUUUCCUGUUUCAGCAUGACAAUGCCCCUGUGCACAAUGCGAGGUCCAUACAGAAAUGGUUUGUUGAGAUCGGUGUGGAAGAACUUGACUGGCCUGCAGAGAGCCCUGACCUCAACCCCAUCGAACUCUUUUGGGAUGAAUUGGAACUCUGACUGUGAGCCAGGCCUAAUCGCCCAACAUCAGUGCCCAACCUCACUAAUGCUCUUGUGGCUGAAUGGAAGCAAGUCCCCGCAGCAAUGUAGUAUUGACUUUGCUGUUAUGUUUGCGCGUAAGAUCACAGCAUUAGCCAUGGCAAAAUGCAUAGAAUAGGACAUUAGCAUUAAAACUGCAAAAUGUUUUCUGUUCCAUGGCAGAAUAUGUAGAAUCUCAGGAAAUUAGCUUUAAAAAUGAAACAAUUUAUCUCAGCUCCAUGGAGAAAUUUGUAGAAUUGCAGAGAAUUUGCUUUAAUAUUCCAAAAGUUCUCUGCACCACCAAAAUCCAGUGGCGCUGACGGGUGGACCACGCCCCUUUUUGUUCCAGGAAAAAAAAACUACACACACACAAAGCUGGCCAACCUCUCCAUGGGUAAACAUCACACAGCAAGACAGUUUCUGGCUAUUGCAAAGGUGGCAACCAUUAUAUAUUGUGUGUGUGUUGUAGUUAACGGGCGUGUGAAGUUCCGCGUGGAGGGGGAGUUUGAGGCCACUCUGACAGUGAUGGGGGAUGACCCAGAUAUUCCCUGGAGACUGUUGAAGCUGGAGAUACUGGUGGAAGACAAGGAGACUGGAGGUAAGAUACACAACACCUGAAUGACCACACACCAAACACACAGAACCCACUGCUAACACACAGAACCCACUGCUAACACACAGAACCCACUGCUAACACACAGAACCCACUGCUAACACACAGAACCCACAGAACCCACUACUAACACACAGAACCCACUACUAACACACAUAAUGCACUACUAACACACUACUAACACACACAACCCACUACUAACACACAGAACCCACUACUAACACACAGAACCCACUACUAACAUACAGAACCCACUACUAACCCACAGAACCCACUACUAACCCACAGAACCCACUACUAACACACAGAACCUACUAAUAACACACACAACCCACAGAACCCACUACUAACACCAAGCACACAAAACCUACUACUAACUGGUGAGAUGAAGGAAGGUUGGAAAUGAAAGGCCCAGUGUUCAACAUUUUCAAUCUUUUCCCCUCCAUCCUCCCCCCGCCCCCUCCUUUCAGACUGCAGAGCUCUUGUCCACAGUAUGCAGGUGAACUUCAUCCAUGAGCUGGUGCAGUCGCGCCUGUUUGCAGACGAGAAACCACUGCAGGACAUGUACAGCUGCCUGCGUAUCCUUUCUGUUUGUGUGUGUGUGUGUGUGUGUGUGUGCUGCUUCUGUGCAGACAGUGAGCUCAGGGCCAAGUCUGGCUUGAGCUGCUGCAGUGAAUGUAAUUGUGUGUGUGCGUGUACUGUAUUGACCGGUAGUGAUCAUGCAUACAGCAGGCCCAGACACCAACAGCAUUCCAAUGGUCGAGGCCUCGGGGUCAGGGACUGCCUCAGCCAAACAGCCACACAAUGUCUUUCGGUUCAUCAGGUUCCAUGAACCAAGCAGAAAUAUAGACAUUUCAUAUACUAUUUAGUGUGAAAUGAGAAAGCAAUUCAACACAUGAACACACGCACCUGCAUAUAUAUACAAACACACACAUUCAAGAUUGAGAAAAAACUGGUGUAGUGUUAUGGGCCUGUUGCUCAGUGGGAAAUGUGGACCUGGGACAUUUUUCAAGAUGGCAGUAGUUAUGGCAGAAAUGCAUCUGGCAACCCCCAGCAGCUGCUAGUUACCCUCCCAUGUUUUCACUGCACUGUCCAUCAAGAUAAUGGGGUUAUAACAACAUUAGAUAUAACACUGUCACACACAAAAAGAAUGCUACAUGUAUUUAUAAUACCGUUAUGCCCAAUAGACCACCAAUAAUUAAAUAGGUUGAAAGAUUUGUUUCUAUCAGUCAAAUUAACCUUAACACAACUCUGUAGCAAGUGUGUUUUUCCCAUUUUAUAUAUUUUUCAUUAGUUUUGCUCCGUAGCAAGUAUAACCGCCAGCUGGAUCCUGCCAGCGUCCAUACACCACACACAUACACAGUCAGCAUGGGUGUGUCUGCAUUUGUGUAUCUGUGUGUAUUGUGAAUAUGUGUGUAUGCCAUCCUCCUGGCCCAGCCCUUCCUUGACCCCCUCCCGUCCAGACUCUUUCUGCCUGUCUCUGCAGCUGGAGGUGCUCCACUCCCAGACCCUCAUGCUGUACCGAGAGCGCUGGGGAGACCUGGUGCAGGUGGAACGCUACAUGCCUGCCAAGUGCCUCACACUGGCCGUCUGGAAGUAAGAAACACUUGAUUGGUUGGUUAAUUAGUUGAAUGAAUACGUCAUCACAGGGAAAUUGGUCCAUCAUCAUUUCACCCCUCGCUCUCCUCUCGCUCUCCUCUCUCUCGCUCCCUCUCUCUCCCUCUCUCCCUCUCUCUCUCUUUCCCUCUCUCCCCCCCUCUCUCUCUCUCUCCCCUCUCUCUCUCUCUCCCCUCGCUCCCCCCCUCUCUCUCCCCCCUCUCUCUCUCUCCCCCCCUCUCUCUCGCUCCCCCCCCUCUCUCUCUCUCUCCCCUCCCUCCUCUCUCUCUCCCCCUUUCGCUCUCUCUCUCUCCCCCUCUCGCUCUCCUCUCACCCUCCCUCUCUCUCUCUCUCUCUCUCUCUCUCUCUCUCUCUCUCCUCCCCCCCUCUCCAGCCAACAGGUCCUGGGCAGAAAGACGGGCACUGCGUCGGUCCACAAAGUCACCAUCAAGAUUGAUGAAUCAGACGGCUCCAAGCCUCUGCAGAUCUCCCAUGAUCCCCCGCUCCCCGCCUGUGACUCCAGACUGAUGGAGAGAGCCAUGAAGGUGAGCUAACGCCUCGUUUCUCACAGCUACAGUGCUCUACUAUUAUUUUGUUGUGAUGAUGACCUCAUUUCCUGUCUCUGUUCCUGCCCCCUCCUGUAGAUUGACCACUUGUCAGUGGAGAAGCUUUUGAUUGACAGUGUGCACGCCCGCUCUCAUCAGAAGCUGCAGGAGCUGAAAGCCAUCCUGAAGAGCAGCAACCCCAGCGACAGCUGUGAGUCUCUCUGUCCUCUCUGACUUAUCAGUACACUAACUGAUCCAACGACACUGACCCAGAAUGAAAUGAACAGUGUUGUGGAGAGAAACAACCAUGUUGUCAGUGUGUGACAUUAUUGUUGUUAUUUAUUGUUGUCCCUCCUUGCCUGUGUUUCAGCGUUCAUAGAGACCGCUCUGCCCACCCUGGUCAUACCUAUCCUGGAGCCCUGCGGACGCUCUGAGUGCCUGCAUAUCUUCGUAGACCUGCACUCUGGGAUGUUCCAGCCCAUGCUGUAUGGGAUCGGUAAGCAGAGAGUAGCAGACACUCAUACACACACACACACACAACACAUCGGUAAGCAGGGAGACACACACAAACGUACACAUACACUGUUCUGACUUCCACUGUCUGUCUCUGUCUCCAGAUCAAUCCAUGCUGGACGACAUCGAGAAGACCAUCAACGACGACAUGAAGCGCAUCAUAUCCUGGCUACAGCAGCUCAAGUAAAUCCACCUCCUGUCUCUGUCUCUCUCUGUCUCUCUCCGUCUCUCUCUGUGUCUCUGUCUCUCUCUGUCUCUGUCUCUGUCUCUGUCUCUGUCUCUCUAUCUCUGUCUCUGUCUCUCUCUAUCUCUGUCUCUCUAUCUGUCUCUGUCUCUCUCUGUGUCAACUGCCUGUCAUGUGGCUUAUCACUCCUCCUCAGAAGGCCUUCAUACCUCCAUAUCCACACUGGGACACUAUUUAGUAUGCAAAGUGCUUCACCCUAGUACAUUAGUAGUCUAUACUUUGUAGUAUACCUAUAUGAAUACGAGAACAGAUAUUGUCCCGUUUCCUCCUCUUCUGCCCUAACACAGUGUUUAGCAUUGUGUCUGUUAUGUGUGUGUGUGAGAAUAAACUGUAUUUUCAUUAAAAUGUGCUUCAAUGCAGGCUAAGAAUAUCUUAAACAUGCACUAUCCAGAAAUCGCUACGCCAUUUCCUGGUUACAAAAAUUUGAAUAGUUCGCUUCAUUUCAGUUUAUGUGACAAACAAGCAAGUAUCGUGUAGAGAAUCAUUGUAAGGGAAAGGGUACCAUCUAAACCGCUGUGAAAUAUAUUUUCCAUAACCGAAACUAUUGUUUCAGCUGUUUUGAAGCUGGUAUAUAAAACUGAAAGUAAAAGACGCAGGAAGGAAACUUAAGAACGGGAAGCAUAGAAAUAGCGCACAUAGCACAGAUUUAGAGCUUCUUGCUUUCAAUGAGAAUGACAGGUCUAUAACUCACAUCUCUAUGUGAAUUUGGUCUAUCGCCUGUAAGCGCUGCCCUGUCAUAGUGUGAUAUGCAUAGAAAUAGAAUUACUAGAAAGGGUAUUGCGUUUAAGUAAAUGUUCUGGGAUUCUAGUUCUAUGAUAGUAUAAUCUGGCCAGGAAAUGGCCUGUUUGUAUAGUGCUACUGAUGUGUAAAUGUAGGACCGUGAUAUAGCUGCUCGCUGGCAGAGUCUGGCCUAUUUGGACAAUGUGUCAAAUUUCUGUCUCCACUCUUCUCCCUCCCUCCAGGUUUUGGUUAGGAGAGCAGAGGUGUAGACAGUCUGUGAAACACCUCCCAACUAUCUGCACAGACUUACUACACCUCUCCAACUCCGCUUCGCACCCUGCUGGCAGCCUGUCAAAACACAGGCUCUUCAUCCAGCUGACCCGCCUACCACAGUAUUACAUUGUAAGCCCCUCCCACCUUAUGCCUAUUAUUUGUCACAAAGAAGCAAUUAGUUUGUAGCAAACAAGAAAAUGUGUAUAUAUAUAUAUAUAUAUAUCCAGUCACACCUACUCAUUCUUUAUUUUCUACAUUGUAGAAUAAUAGUAAAGACAUCAAAACUAUGAAAUAACACAUAUGGAAUCAUGUAGUAAAUAAAAAGGUGUUAAACAAAUCAAAAUAUAUGUUAUAUUUGAGAUUCUUCAAAUAGCCACUCUUUGCCUUGAUGACAGCUUUGCACAGUCUUGGCAUUCUCUCAACCAGCUUCACCUGGAAUGCUUUUCCAACAGUCUUGAAGGAGUUCCCACAUAUGCUGAGCACUUGUUGGCUGCUUUUCCUUCACUCUGCGGUCCGACUCAUCCCAAACCAUCUCAAUUGGGUUGAGGUCGAGGGAUUGUGGAGGCCAGGUCAUUUGAUGCAGCACUCCAUCACUCUCCUUCUUGGUAAAAUAGCCCUUACACAGCCUGGAGGUGUGUUGGGUCAUUGUCCUGUUGAAAAAUAAAUUAUAGUCCCACUAAGCCCAAACCAGAUGGGAUGGCGUAUCGCUGCAGAAUGACUUGAAAAAACUUUCAAAGUUCUUGAAAUUGUCCGUAUUGGCUGUCCUUCAUGUCUUAAAGUAAUGAUGGACUGUUGUUUCUCUUUGCUUAUUUGAGCUGUUCUUGCCAUAAUAUGGACUUGGUCUUUUACCAAAUAGGGCUAUCUUCUAUAUACCAUCCCUACCUUGUCACAACACAACUGAUUGGCUCAAACGCAUUAAGAAGGAAAGAGAUUCCACAAAUUAACUUUUAAGAAGGCACACCUGUUAAUUGAAAUGCAUUCCAGGUGACUACCUCAUGAAGCUGGUUGAGAAAAUGCCAAUAGUGUGCAAUGCUGUCAUCAGGGCAAAGGGAGGCUAUUUGAAGAAUCUCAAAUAUAUUUUGAUUUGUUUAACACUUUUGGUUACUACAUGAUUCCAUAUGUGUUAUUUCAUAGUUUUGAUUAACAGGUGUGCCUUCUUAAAAGUUAAUUUGUGGAAUCUCUUUCCUUCUUAAUGCGUUUGAGCCAAUCAGUUGUGUUGUGACAAGGUAGGGAUGGUAUAUAGAAGAUAGCCCUAUUUGGUAAAAGACCAAGUCCAUAUUAUGGCAAGAACAGCUCAAAUAAGCAAAGAGAAACGACAGUUCAUCAUUACUUUAAGACAUGAAGGUCAGUCAAUAUGGAAAAUUGAAAGGACUUUGAAAGUUUCUUCAAGUGCAGUCGCAAAAACCAUCGAGCGCUAUGAUGAAACUGGUUCUCAUGAGGACCACCACAGGGAUGGAAGACCCAGAGUUACCUCUGCUGCAGAGGAUAAGUUCAGUAGAGUUACCAGCCUCAGAAAUUGCAGCCCAAAUAAAUGCUUCACAGAGUUCAAGUAACAGACACAUCUCAACAUCAACUGUUCAGAGAGGACAGUGUGAAUCAGGCCUUCAUGGUCGAAUUGCUGCAAAGAAACCACUUCUAAAGGACACCAAUAAGAAGAAGAGACCCGCUUGGGCCAAGAAACACGAGCAAUGGACAUUAGACUGGUGGAAAUGUGUCCUUUGGUCUGGAGUCCAAAUUUGAGAUUUUUGGUUCAAACUACUGUGUCUUUGUGAGACGCGUGUGGGUUGAAUGGAUGCUCUCCGCAUGUGUAUUUCCUACUGUAAAGCAUGGAGGAGGAGGUGUUAUGGUGUGGAGGUGCUUUGCUGGUGACACUGUCUUUGAUUUAUUUAGAAUUCAAGGCACACUUAACCAGCAUGGCUACCACAGCAUUCUGCAGCGAUACGCCAGUCCCACUAAGCCCAAACCAGAUGGGAUAUCAUUUGUUUUUCAACAGGACAAUGACCCAACACACCUCGAGUCUGUGUAAGGGCUAUUUUACCAAGUAGGAGAGUGAUGGAGUGCUGCAUCAAAUGACCUGACCUCCACAAUCCCCCGACCUCAACUCAAUUGAGAUGGUUUGGGAUGAGUCGGACCGCAGAGUGAAGGAAAAGCAGCCAACAAGUGCUCAGCAUAUGUGGGAACUCCUUCAAGACUGUUGGAAAAGCAUUCCAGGUGAAGCUGGUUGAGAGAAUGCCAAGACUGUGCAAAGCUGUCAUCAAGGCAAAGGGUGGCUAUUUAAAGAAUCUCAAAUAUAACAUAUAUUUUGAUUUGUUUAAGACUUGUUUGAUUACUACAUGAUCCCAUAUGUGUUAUUUCAUAGUUUUGAUGUCUUCACUAUUAUUCUACAAUGUAGAUAAUAGUCAAAAUAAAGAAAAACCCUUGAAUGAGUAGGUGUGUCCAAACUUUUGACUGGUACUGUAUAUUAACCAUGCACAACUUUCCCACUAUUUAAUUUUUCUCCUUCCCCUAUCUCCCUUCUUUUGCACCCGUCUACCUUUCCCUCCCUCCCUAGGUGGUGGAGAUGCUGGACGUGCCUGGCUGUCCCACAGAGCUGCAGUACAAGUACUCCUUCCUGUCUGUGUCUCAGUUGGAAGGUGAGGAGGGACCUCCAUGCGCCCAGCUCCUGCAGCACUUCAAGCCCAACCUGGAGCAGCUCGUCCUGGACAAUUCCGCUGGCCGAGGGGCCCGCCCUGGAGCUAAGAGAAAAGUAGGAAUGGAUUGCGAACUGCUUGUAUGGGUUACAAUUAUUUAUAUAUAGACAAUCUGAAACCAUGUCCUAAAAGGAGUAAACCGAGGAAAAAUCCUUAUAACAUACAUAUAAACCUUGAUAUUUUCAGAGCAUGUGUUAUAAAUGAAAUGUAUUAUUAUUUAUCGUCAUUAGGUGUUGGGUCAUCUCCUCUCUCUCUCUCUUUGUCCUCCAGUUAUCAGGAGACCAGGGAGCUCUGGAGCCCAAGAAGCCCAAGCGCUCGGGGGAGAUGUCUGCCUUUAACAAGGAGCUGGCUCACCUAGUGGCCAUGUGUGACACCAACAUGCCCUUCAUAGGCCUCAGAGUGGAGGUAUGGAUGGAGGGAGUACGCCCUUUUAUUCUCUCUCUUCUCUACAUCUUACAACUCUCUUCCUCACUUUUUACUUUUCCACCACGCCGUCUCCACCACGCCGUCUCCACCACUCCGUCUCCACCACUCCGUCUCCACCACGCCGUCUCCACCACGCCGUCUCCACCACGCCGUCUCCACCACGCCGUCUCCACCACGCCGUCUCCACCACUCCGUCUCCACCACUCCGUCUCCACCGUCUAUCUUCAUCAUCCCUGUCCUCAUCCAUCCCUCCUGCUCUCUGUUUCUCUCCUCUGUCCAGCUAUAUUUUAUGGAGAUUCCUCACCUCUCCUCUCUCUCAUCUACAUUCCUCCUCUGUCUAACAUGUGUCUCUCCUCUGUCCAGCUGUCUCAGAUGGAGAUUCCCCACCAGGGUGUGCAGGUGGAGGGAGAUGGCUGCAGCCACGCCAUCCGCAUCCUCAAGUAAGACUCCACAUCCCACGAUACCAUGCAAAUCCAGAUGUCAGUGGCACUGCCUAAUAAUAUGGAAGUCAAUUGGAAUUUUUAAAGAAAAUUCUAAUAUGAUUCUAAUAUGAUUUUCUCGCAGUGAACUAACAUGCCCCCAAAACAAAGAUGAUAGAUAAAGAUGAUGGUUUUGUACCCUUUAUUUUAGUGAUUGAUGUACAGUAUGUACUAUGUACCUGACCCCAUGUGGUCCUCUCCCCCUCCCUAGGAUCCCACCCAGUAAGGGUGUAGGGGAGGAGACGAGGCUGGCUUUGGAGCACUCUCUACUGGACUGCACCUUCCGUCUGCAGGGCCGGAACAACCGCACAUGGGUGGCAGAACUGGUUCUGGCCAACUGCCCACUCAACAGCACACACAGCAAAGAGCAAGGUACAAACACACACAGAAACACACGCAUAUGGACACCCAAAAAACACCACACAAAGAAACGCACAUACACACACACACACACACUCUACCCAAACUGUGCCCUUAUCUCUCCCUGUUCUGUGUGUGUUUCCAGCCUCUACGCGCCAUGUGUAUCUGACCUAUGAGAACCCUCUGUCUGAGCCUGUGGGAGGGAGGAAGGUGGUGGAGAUGUUCCUCAACGACUGGAGCGCCAUCAACCAGCUCUACCAGUGUGUCCUGGUGUUCUCACGAUCACUACCAGGUGUGUGUGUGUGUGUGUGUGUGUGUGAGAACAUUUGCAGUACGAGAGUGGGGAAUAAAUCAUACAGUUAAAAGGUGAGUGAACACAUUACCAUUUGUAUUGACCUACUUUACUAAUAUGUUUUCUCCCUCUCUUAGAGAUGCCUUCCUACCUGAGUCUGUUCAGUGAGAUCCGGCUGUAUAACUACCGCAAACUGGUCCUGUGUUACGGCAGCACCAAGGGCAGCUCAGUGAGUAGCAUUACACCAAUGCCCUGUCUGAACUCUAGCCCGCCGCUAGUUCCUCUCAAGGUUCCUUCCCAACUAGGGAGUGCAUGGUCCCUUGUAGGGGUGUGAACGUUUCAACUGAAUUGAAUCGUUAACGUAUAGAAAAAAAAUCCACACAUGAAAAACAAUGUUUUUUUUUGUGUUUUUUUUCUCAUAAAAUUGCCACUAACAAGUCCCCAUCAUCAUCAUCGUCAUCAUCGUCAUCAUAACGGGAAACAUUUUAAUUGAUCAAAUAGGCUGUAAAGUUAGUAAGAGGUGAUAUGCAUCUUUCAAAUUGCUUACCACGUAUAUAAAGCACUCCGCACAUCGUAGUCGUUAACAGUUUGGGGGGAAAGCUGAUUACAGAAAUGAUUGCAGUUGAAAUGCAGCCAGUAUCAAUGGCCUACUUGAGUUGCUUGGUAAUUUGCUAAAUGAAGGGCUGCAAGCGCCGUUUGAGCCGCGACUCGCACUACUGAAACAGGUGCAUCUUCCUCAUCAAUUUCACUGUUUACUCCAGUUUCAACAGGGUGUUAUUCCCUUUAUAAUGGGAGUUGAGACAUACAGUUAACAUCAUUAGAAAGCUACAAUUUUUCCCUUUUUUUAGCCAGUAGAGACCCACAUUUGGCAUGUGUUUUUCUUUUGUCCUGUUUUUGAUUAGUGAGCUUAAACUUGGCUUUUGUUAAACAUGAAACAAAGUUUUUAUUUAUUUUUAUUUAACCUUUAUUUAACCAGGUAAGCCAGUUGAGAACAAGUUCUCAUUUACAACUGUGACCUGGCCAAGAUAAAGCAAAGCAGCGCGAUAAAAACAACAACACAGAGUUACAUAUGGGGUAAAAAAAAACAAAGUCAAAAUAUACAACAGAAAAUAUAUAUACAGUGUGUGCAAAAGUAGCCCCUAGACUAAUGAAUACACCAUUUGCCUUCAUCUAAACAAUGUUUUUGUUGCAUAUUUCAGUCUGAAACCUGCUUAUAGUUGAAGUCGGAAGUUUACAUACACUUAGGUUGGAGUCAUUAAAACUCGUUUUUCAACCACUCCACAAAUUUCUUGUUAACAAACUAUAGUUUUGGCAAGUCGGUUAGGACAUCUACUUUGUGCAUGACACAAGUCAUUUUUCCAACAAUUGUUUACAGACAGAUUUUCUAACUUAUAAUUCACUGUUUCACAAUUCCAGUGGGUCAGAAGUUUACAUACACUAAGUUGACUGUGCCUUUAAACAGCUUGGAAAAUUCCAGAAAAUGAUGUCAUGGCUUUAGAAGCUUCUGAUAGGCUAAUUGACAUCAUUUGAGUCAGUUGGAGGUGUACCUGUGGAUGUAUUUCAAGGCCUACCUUCAAACUCAGUGCCUCUUUGCUUGACAUCAUGGGGAAAUCAAAAGAAAUCAGCCAAGACCUCAGAAAAAAAAUGGUAGACCUCCACAAGUCUGGUUCAUCCUUGGGAGCAAUUUCCAAACGCCUGAAGGUACCACGUUCAUCUGUACAAACAAUAGUACCCAAGUAUAAACACCAUGGGACCACGCAGCCGUCAUACCGCUCAGUAAGGAGACGCGUUCUGUUUCCUAGAGAUGAACGUACUUUGGUGCGAAAAGUGCAAAUCAAUCCCAGAACAACAGCAAAGGACCUUGUGAAGAUGCUGGAGGAAACCGGUACAAAAGUAUCUAUAUCCACAGUAAAACGAGUCCUAUAUCGACAUAACCUGAAAGGCCGCUCAGCAAGGAAGAAGCCACUGCUCCAAAACCGGCAUAAAGAAAGCCAGACUACGGUUUGCAACUGCACAUGGGGACAAAGAUUGUACUUUUUGGAGAAAUGUCCUCUGGUCUGAUGAAACAAAAAUAGAACUGUUUGGCCAUAAUAACCAUUGUUAUGUUUGGAGGAAAAAGGGGGUUGCUUGCAAGCUGAAGAACACCAUCCCAACCGUGAAGCACGGGGGUGGCAGCAUCAUGCUGUGGGGGUGCUUUGCUGCAGGAGGGACAGUUGCACUUCACAAAAUAGAUGGCAUCAUGAGGAAGAAAAAUUAUGUGGAUAUAUUGAAGCAACAUCUCAAGACAUCAGUCAGGAAGUUAAAGCUUAGUCGCAAAUGGGUCUUCCAAAUGGACAAUAACCCCAAGCAUACUUCCAAAGUUGUGGCAAAAUGGCUUAAGGACAACAAAGUCAAGGUAUUGGAGUGGCCAUCACAAAGCCCUGACCUCAAUCCUAUAGAAAAUAUGUGGGCAGAACUGAAAAAGCGUGUGCGAGCAAGGAGGCCUACAAACCUGACUCAGUUACACCAGCUCUGUCAGGAGGAAUGGGCCAAAAUUCACCCAACUUAUUGUGGGAAGCCUGUGGAAGGCUACCCGAAACGUUUGACCCAAGUUAAAAACAUUUUAAGGCAAUGCUACCAAAUACUAAUUGAGUGUAUGUAAACGUCUGACCCACUGGGAAUGUGAUGAAAUAAAUAAAAGCUGAAAGAAAUUAUUCUCUCUACUAUUAUUCGGACAUUUCACAUUCUUAAAAUAAAGUGAUGAUCCUAACUGACCUAUGACAGGGAAUUUUUACUAGGAUUAAAUGUCAGGAAUUGUGAAAAACUGAGUUUAAAUGUAUUUGGCUAAGGUGUAUGUAAACUUCCGACUUCAACUGUAGGUUUAUGGGGGGUUGUAACCUACAGUAUUCUAAAUGGCACAUUAGAGCAGUUCGCAAAAAAGCUUAAGACUCAUCUAUUAUUCCUCAACCGCGGCUCGUGAUUGGAACACAUAUUUCCCUACUUUAAUCAACCAGCCUAUUUUGAAUUUGUGAUAAAGCUGUUAUGAUUUGGCAAGGAGUGUAGCUUGUCUACAGUUUUGGUUGUGUAUCCCAUCAGUUAGAUAUGUUUUUAUAGGCAGUUAUUUCUGUAGGCCUAAUGGGAGCUUGGGUGCGCAGUAUGCGUGUGUGUAGAGGGAGGGGUCGGAUCGAAAUUGAAUGAGAGAUCUGUAACAGAGGUGAAAGGCAAUGUAAGGAGAAGAACUGUGAUCACCUAGCUAGGUUCAUUGUUUUGUUGUGAAUUGCUAAUGCACAUAACAAAUGGAAGGAACACUAGAGCCAACGUGAAUUUACGGUUGUCUUCCGUUCGGGCAGCCUCAAACAGAUUCCAGAUGACUACGCUAGAGAGAACUGAAUUGCCCACUAGCCGUCAUACCCAAUAGGAUUUCCUGUGGAAUUUUAUGAAAGGUUCUUAUUGAAAAAGAAAAACGUUUUAUUUAUUUUUUUGCUGUUUAAACGUUUAAGACAAUUUUUACAUUUGUGCCACAUCCCUAGUGCCUUGUAUGUUCCGUCGUUUGCAUGCUGUUUGUAAAAAGUACUAUAUGAAUAAAUGUGAUUGAUUGAGACGCUUGCGCGCUCUCUCUCUCUCUCUACCUCCCUCUCUCUACCCCCCUGUCUCUCAUUCCCCCCCCACCCCUCUCUCCCUCUCUCUCUCUCUACCCCCCUCUCCCUCUCUCUCAUUCCCUCCAUCUCCCCCUACCCUUCUCUCUCUCUCCCUCUCUCCUCUGUCUCUCCUAUAGGUGACCAUCCAGUGGAACAGUAGCAGCCAGAGGUUCCAUCUCUCUUUAGGGACAGUAGGCCCUAACUCAGGCUGUAGUAACUGUCACAACAUUAUACUGCAUCAACUACAGGAGAUGUUCAACAAGACCCCUACUGUGGUCCAGCUACUACAGGUACUGCACACACACACACACACAACCUAACUAUACAGGGGCCACAUGCACUGGUACUAACACAACCUCCACCAAAGGAGCCUGAAUUCCAUUCCAUUACUUUUCCAUUCAUUUUCUAACAUUUCUAAUCUUUUCUCCUCCCUCCUCACCAGGUGCUGUCAGACACCCAGGCCCCUCUGAAUGCCAUCAACAAGCUGCCCACGGUGCCCAUGCUGGGGCUGACCCAGCGCACCAACACGGCCUACCAGUGUUUCUCCAUCCUGCCCCAGUCACCCACACACAUCCGCCUGGCCUUCCGCAACAUGUACUGCAUCGACAUCUACUGCCGCAGCCGUGGGGUGGUGGCCAUACGAGAUGGAGCCUACAGCCUCUUCGACAACACCAAGAUCGUGGAAGGCUUCUACCCCGCCCCGGGGCUCAAGGUACGAGGGAGAGGAGAGGGCUCGGGGUGUGGGGAUAAUUUGUUUCAGGAAUUUGAAAGUGUCUAGUUUCAGUUGAAUGAAAGUAUCUGAUGUUGGGUUCAAUUAUCCCUUUAUCUCUCUCUCUGUCUGUCUCUCUCUUUUCUUUAUGUGCCCCCCCCCCCCCCCCCCAGACGUUCCUCAACAUGUUUGUUGACAGUAACCAGGACGCUCGGCGACGCUCCGUCAAUGAAGACGACAACCCGCCCUCGCCGGUGGGAGGCGACAUGAUGGACACCUUUAUGAACCAAUUACAGGCCCAGCAGCAGCAACAGCCAAUGAGAGGGGGUCCUGGGGGGGUGUACCCUCCCCUCACCUCCCCUCCCACCUCUUACCAUCCCAACGUGCCUACACAGUCCCCAGGUGAUUGGGAGUGGUGUGGGUGUGCUGGCGUGUGCCAUGUGUGCUUGGCAUCCCUCGACAGAGCAGAAGAAAAAGACCAAAUGCUCUCUGGUCCUCUCCUCACCCAUCAUCCACCCGCUAAGUGAUGUCACUCCGUGUGUGUGUGUUCACCCUUUCGCUGCGGUCAUGCACAUGCUGAAUGGCAAACUGAGUGUGAGAGAGUUGAGACCAGAAGGGAGGAAGCAUUAUCCAGUCCUGCUCACCCAUCUCAGCCCUAGAGCCAGCGUCUGCUGCCCAACUUUAGCUUGUGUGUGUGUGUGUGUGUCUGUGUCUGUGUAGGAGUGUGUGUAUGAAUGGAUGUAUGUGAGUGUGUGAGCUGAUCCUAUUGGCCCGUGUCUGACAAGUCUUUUUGGUCUGUGUGUGUGUGUGUGCUCGCAGGGACCAUCCAUGCAUAGAGGGCCCCCUCUCCCUUUGGGCCGACCCCGUCUCCCUCCUCUCUGGGCAUAGCUAUGGGCCCGACCAGCUUUGGUUUAACUGUGGAGAGAUUUAAUUGGGGAGUAAAUGGGAGAGAGAAAGUGUUUCACUUUGUGAGUGUUUGAGAGCGUGACAGUGUGUUUAUGUGUGUUUUAGUGCGUCUUGGUUAAUGUCUGACUGUUUGUCUGAGUACACUAAUGGGUUCAUGACAAUGUAACUGGCCACUUGUAUUAAGAAGAUUAUUUUUGACUGUGAUGUUGAGGAGGAGGAUGAUGACAAUGACAAUAUCAGUGGACACUAUAUUGAUGAUGAUGAAGAUGAUGGUGUGUGUGUGUGUGUGUGUGUGUGUUAAAAAGACAAAGGUUUAGAAUGUCUGUCUGUAUGUUUCCCAGGUGCUCUGGACCCCAGCUCCCCCUAUGCUAGGGUGUCUCCCAGCCAGAGGGGCCAGUGGCCAGGCUCUCCCCAAGUCUCAGGGCCCUCUCCUGGGGCUCGCAUCCACGGCAUGUCCCCUGGAAACCCCUCACUCCACUCACCCAUCCCCGACGCCUCACACUCCCCGCGCGCUGGCUCUAGUGAGUACCACACACACACACACACUGUAGAAACUCUCUACAUCCCCAUACAUGACUCUCUGACUGGGUUGGCGCCGGACAUUUGACUGGCAACAUUUUAAUUUACCGGCCAUUUGAGAAAUUUACCGAACCCAUAUGCAUUGGGUGCGUAACCUAAUUAGGGCGUCCACACACUGUGCUCAGAAUGACAAAUCACAUUUAGAAUAUGAUAAUUCAUAUUAGCAGAACAUGCAAGUCGAGGAUGCAACGAUGUGCUGUCCUUCUUACCGAAUUCUUAUGUGCACUUUGAACAUGUUAGAAUAACUGUCCACAUUUACUUUUCCUCAGCCAACCAGACGAGUAACGAACAACAAAAUCACUAGCCUAUGUCAAUCCAUUAUAGUAGAAAAUGUUAGGCUACCUAUUCUAUUAGUCAGCUUUUCGAGAUCGAAAUAGCCUCUUCCAAACAGACUCUGGGACUGUUGUGGGACGAUAGAUCCUAAAUUCAUCCAACCAGUAGGCCUAGGCUACAUGAGUCUGAUGCAAAAGAUCAGAACGUUUAGCUUAAAAUGUUGAUAAACUAUUAUUUCUUAGUAAAGAUCAAGAAGGCCCACACACUGUUAAAGCUCCCAAUUCACCUCUUUAUUAAUAACGUUUCGAUCCGUAACGGAUCUUCGUCAGGUCAAAAAAACUAUUAUUUCUUCACAUUAUAAGCGCAGCAAUGCACACAAGGCCGUAGGCUAUGCACGAAUGUUCGUUCCAUAAUUCAAUUAGCGGGAAAACACUUGUCAAAAGGGAACUGCACAUGCGAGCGGUUUCAUGUGACAGAAAUUAAAAUAUCUGUUAGAAAUGGAGAUCUAAUAGGCUAUGUAUUAAAAUGUUCAGCUUUCAAACAAUUUAAGUAUAUGUUUUCAUAAUGCAUACUGCCUCCAGCUCAUUGAAAAGAGGUGUGUGACACGCUGAUGAACAACUCGGAAAUGUCCGACUUCAGUGCGUUCAAGACGACUGGGAACUGGGAACAAGAACUAUCUCCGACUGGGAAAAAUAGUUUUGAACGGUUAUCCAACUCGGAAUUCCAACUCGGGAACUCUGGCCUCUUUCUAGAGCUCUGACUUUCCGUCCUGAAGAUCACUGACGUCAUGAUUUGACCUCGUAUUUUUCAGAGUUCCCAGUUGUCUUGAAAGCACCUCAAGAUGCUGCUGCAGCAGCUCUCCCACUGUCUGACAGAUUUUCCACUCAAAGGCUCUGUAUCUGUAUGUUCUAUGCGUGUGAUAAAUAAGAUACAUAACGUAUAUACUGUAGCCUACACGCGCCAAUUUAAUUCCACUAAAUUAUGCAAAUUAACCAAUAGACGAUAAGCAUGACCAGUCAAAUGUAUUUACAGUACAUCAACUGGUAUUUCCAUCAUUCAAGAGGCUAAAAAGCAUUAUUUCAUAAAUGGGAUUUUGUUCUUCUUCUCCCGGACAAUGGGCCGGCGGCAAUUUUAUUUAUCGGCUUUUCAAUUUUUUUAUCGGACAAAAGCCGGCUAUUACCGUAUAGCGCAAACCCUGCUCUCUGAAUAACAAUCCACUCCAUUGAAAAUCAGAUCUGUUUUCCAAAUAUUGAAGAUGUUAAGACAUCUUCAUGAAUGUGUAUAAAAAAUACAUAUUUAAAAAAAUCUGUAUAGAAAUGGCAUGUCUGUGUGUCUCCCUCUACAGGUUCCGGGGCAAUGCCCAGCAGUAUGCCCCCGCCCCGUAAGCUACCACAGCGCUCCUGGGCUGCCUCCAUCCCCACCAUCCUCACCCACAAUGCCUUGCACGUGCUGCUGCUGCCCUCGCCCACCCCCUGCCUGGUUCCGGGCCUGGCAGGAAGUUACCUCUGCUCUCCGCUGGAGCGCUUCCUGGGCUCGGUCAUCAUGAGACGCCACCUGCAGAGGAUCAUCCAGCUAGAGCCCAACGUGAGUGGUGAUCUGUGGUCGAGUCAUCUCUGAGUUUAGUCCAUCUCUGUCUUUCUUGUUUGGUGUCUGUGUCGCUCUCUCUGUCUUUCUUGUUUGGUGUCUCAGUGUCGCUCUCUCUGUCUUUCUUGCUCCUCUUCUGUCCCUUCCUCACUCACCCUCUGGCUUUUGUUUUCAAUGUAUUUCUGUCCUUCUCACAUCUUCUUUCCCUCUCUCCAUUUCAUCCCUCCAUCUCUCUCUCUCCAUCUCAUCCAGCUGGAGGCUAACGUGAGUGUUAACUCUGUCCUGAAACAUCUGUUCAUACCCUAUCUCUCCUCAGCUUAACCAUCUAUCUCUCAUCCCAUUUCUUCAUCCCAUUUCUUAAUGUCAAAUGAAGCCCAAUUUACAGUGAAAUCCUUACUUACAAGCCCUUAACCAACAAUGCAGUUUUAAGAAAAGAAUAAGUGUUAGUAAAAAAUAGAUAAGUAAAAAAUUAAAGAGCAGCAGUAAAAUAAAAUAACAGUAGCGAGGCUAUAUACAGGGGGUACCGGUACAGAGUCAAUGUGCGGGGGCACCGGUUAGUCGAGGUAAUUGAGGUCAUUUACAUGUGGGUAAAGUUAAAGUGACUAUGCAUAGAUAAUAACAGAGUAGCAGCAGCGUACGGGAGUGGGUGGGGUCGGGGGGGCAAUGCAAAUAGUCUGGGUAGCCAUGAUUAGCUGUUCUGGAGUCUUAUGGCUUGGGAGUAGAAGCUGUUAAAAAGCCUCUUCCUCUAUGGUUUACACACACGCCAAGCCCCUCCCCCUGCCUCUCAAGCCAACAAAGUUGAAAGAUCACAUCUUCCUCUCUGACAAGAGGUUUCAACUCGCUAUUUGCAUUUGAGGUUUGGUCUAACAGAAUCGGUCAUAUGGACACCCAAAACACAUUGAGACAUUAUUUUACUGUAAUUAAGGAGAAGUUAACUUGUCUAACGAUGCCCUUUUUAUUUCUCAACUACUCAAAUUGCAUGCAGAGCAGACACUACUAAAACGAGAGUAUCAAUGAACAUUGAUUCUGAAAAAUGUAUGCUCAGUUUGUCGUUGGGGUACCACGUACCGCUAGCAGCAUUUUAGCCAAAGACUGUUAUAAUAGCUGUCUAGUCUGUGUUUUAUAAAUGUGCAAUAAGCAUAGAACACAAUUAUAUAAGGAAUUGGCAACUCGUUCUCAUUCUGAGAAAUAAGGUAGGCCACUUGAUCUCAACAUCUGAACAAAGUAGACAGGCUAACAUGCUUUUCAAACAGUUGGAGGCAGACAGAAGGGUGUGUUCAUAACAAUUCAACUGUUCAACCUUGUUAGCUAGCAAAUAGAUCCAAGUUGGCUAAACUUGAAAUAUAAAGAUUAGCUGGCUAAUCACUAGCACGUUGGCUUGAGAGAUUGUUGAUGAGACCUGUGUAAAUGUUUUAUAGCCUAAUGCCUGCUACAAGAAGUUAGUAAUUUAUUAGUGAAUGUGUAUUAUACAUGGUUCUAGUUCAAUUUGUAGCAAAAAAGUGCAUUUCCUAGACAGACUUGGAAGCCAGAUCAGUGAUUAUGGCAAAAGAAGAUCAGGUUAAACUAUUUUGAUAAAAUCAUUAAAUUAUUAGUGAGUUUUAUGGUUGUGGAAGACUUUUAUUUAGCCUACAUAUAACUUCACAAGCCCUGAAUUCAUUAGAUUAUUGCUGACUGUUUUAAAUGCAUUGUAUUUUACCUUUAAUUGUACAACAAUGCUUAUUUAGAGUAAAACAUUUUUUUAAAUAGAGAUGGUUUUUAGGCCAUAUCGCCCAGCCCUAGUCUAAUCACUUAAUCUCUGUCUAACUCCUUGGUAGAAGCUCUCUGCAGGGCUGUCCCUUAUCCCCACUGCUUUUCCCCAACCUUCAAUCUCUUGAACCUUCAGCCCAAGCAUUAGUAGAUAGAGGCUAGUUUCCUUCCCCCAUUAAAAUGUGAUCUUUCAAAAAUGACAUAUCUCUCCAUGUAGAUGUGUUACUUUAUAUAGCUAAUGUGGAACAAUCUUUCUAUUUUUCUUCUACUAUACAUUUUUACAUUACAUUUUAGUCAUUUAGCAGACGCUCUUAUCCAGAGCGACUUACAGUUAGUGAGUGCAUACAUUUUUUAAAUUAUAAUUUUUUCCAUACUGGCCCCCUGUGGGAAUCGAACCCACAACCCUGGCGUUGCAAACGCCAUGCUCUAUCAACUGAGCUACAUCCCUGCCGGCCAUUCCCUCCCCUACCCUGGAUGACGCUGGGCCAAUUGUGCGCCGCCCCAUGGGUCUCCCGGUCGCGGCCGGCUACGACAGAGCCUGGAUUCGAACCAGGAUCUCUAGUGGCACAGCUAGUACUGCGAUGCAGUGCCUUAGACCACUGCGCCACUCGGGAGGCAAUAAUAAACCUUCUCUCUCUCCUCCCCUCCUCCCUCUCUCCAGCUGUCUAUUGUGAACUCAAACGAGCCGGGUGUGAUCAUGUUCAAGACGGAGGUGUUGAAGUGUCGCGUGGCGCUUAACCCAAAGACCUACCAGACCCUGCAGCUCAAAGUAACCCCCGAGAACACUGGGCCCUGGUCACAGGAGGAGAUACAGGUCCUGGAGAAGUUCUUUGAGACUCGG